UAAAAAACCAUAACAAAACAGUAUCUUGUUAUCAAUGUUAGGAUUUACCAGCCUUCACAACAUCGCUUAUCAGAAUUACCAGCUUUCUGCCAGCCUGAAAAGAAUAGCAGUAACAACAUUGUGGCCUCUUGGAUGCCUGCCCAUAUUGACAGCCUUCUCUUCAUAUCAGAAUUACAGUGAGACGUGGAAUAUUGCCUCCAAGUUCCACAACCAGAAAUUGCAGCAAGCAAUACGAAGGAUGAACAGUGAGAGCAGGGUAUACACGUACGAAACUCUGAAUCUCUAUACUGCAUUCAUGUCCAAACUGAAUAAUGCACACCCUGCGCGAAACUUGAAGAUCAGGACUCUCCUUAUUCCAUGUUGUGUGGGUGUGACAAGCAACUACUCAUAUGGGAACUUUGACAAGAAUGGAGCAAAGAAGUAUGUGGUGUGCGAGAAGCCAGAGAAUGACUGGCAUGAAAGUUCUUGUAUCUGGAAUCCUCACUUCGCCAACUCUAUUAGGAACAUUCAGAGGAAAAAAUUAUAUGAAGAAGAAGAAAACUAG